GACAGGUAAUGUUGGCUGCAUACUAUAAUCACGGCACAGCUUCACGAUAGUUCAGAUCGAAUCGGAGCACGAGUGUUUUGUAUAUUUGAUUGUUCGAAUUUUUACAGUAACAAUGGAGUGCAUAGUAGCGAACGUGGAGCAUAUGCGAUUUGACAUUGAGAUUGCUCUCGACGAACAAUAUGGGGCUCUUCCGUUACCUUUCACCGGCAUGGAUAAAUCAAUCGCCGCAGUAUGUCAGUUUUAUCCAAGAGGCACUUGUAGCAAAGGAGCUUCGUGUCCAUUUAGGCAUGUUCGUGGCGAUCGCACAAUAGUAUGUAAACACUGGUUAAGAGGUCUUUGCAAAAAGGGCGAUCAGUGUGAAUUUCUGCACGAAUAUGACAUGACGAAGAUGCCAGAAUGUUAUUUUUAUUCUAGAUUCAACGCAUGUCACAAUAAGGAAUGCCCAUUCCUACACAUUGAUCCAGAAACAAAAGUCAGAGACUGUCCUUGGUAUGAUCGCGGUUUUUGUCGGCAUGGUCCCUUGUGUCGGCAUCGGCAUGUCAGACGCGUUCUGUGUAUGGCUUAUUUAGCCGGUUUUUGUCCAGAGGGGCCAAAUUGUAAAUUCAUGCAUCCAAGAUUCGAAUUACCGGCGGUGCAAGACAUGCAACCAAAGGAGGGCAAGAAAGUGAUGAUCACUUGUCACUUUUGUGGCGAAGGAGGUCAUAAAGCGAUCUAUUGCAACAAAAUGCCGCCCGACGUGCGGGAAGCUCAAGUUAGGCAGGAGCUCGACAACAAUUCUCACGCGCCGCAUCAUCAUAUGAAUAUGCACAAUGGACCACCGCCGCCGCGGGGGCCGCAGAAACCGCUCGAAGAAGUGACGUGUUACAAGUGCGGACAGAAAGGUCAUUAUGCCAAUAAGUGUCCAAAGGGUCAUUUAGCGUUUUUGAGUCACGCAGGUAGUGGGGGUGGCGCACAGAAUCAGAAUUAUCGGAGAUGAUUUUCUUUGUUUUAUUUAUGUAACAUGGAUAUUGUGAUGCUACUUUAUCUCAUUAUUAUCUAUAAAAAUUUCUAUUAUACAAUAAAAUAAUUUAUCAUACCUAA